GCUGUCUGACAGCGUCAGCCGAGGAGCCUCCGGAAGCAGGUCAAGGACAAAGCCCUGGCAGGCGCCUCUAGGGGGCUCUGAGGAGGCUGGGUCUUCCUCCAGGAUGAUUUCAGGUGCAGUGUAAACUGCAGAUAAACUGGAUAAGCUCAGCUGAAUAAGACUUCAAUCAUGGAAAGAAAGCUCCUAAAGAAGGAAAUGAAAAAGCUCCUGGGAGAUUAUAUUGGCAUCAGACUUCGGGAAAAUGAAUUUGACCCAAAAGGAAGAAGGCAACUCACCUUUCUAGAUGAUAUGGCUCACUAUGACUUGGCUAUCAGUGUGGCUUUGCAGUGGCUGGAUCACUCAGAAGACUUAACUUGGCUGGAGGGGGAAGAACUGAAAAUGCCAUUUGGUGGCAGACCCAUCUAUCCAAACCAUAAAGAACGAGAAGCAAUGAUUUUAUCAUCUUACGCUGGAAUCCUAAUGAACAGUGUCCCAAUUGAGGAGGUCUUUAAAAUUUAUGGAGCUGAUUCUUCUGCCAAUUCUGGUACCACCAAGGUUUCCCAAGCUCCACCUUUCCGCCUCUCCUUGCACCCUUUUGCCAUGUUAACAGCACCCAAAGCAGCAGAAUAUGCCCACAAACAGAGUAUCAAACUAAGAUGGGGAGCAAGGAAUAAAAAUGCCACCAGCAGCUCUACAAGGGAAGCAAAUGCCAAGGAAUGGAAAUCUUCAAAAAGUUUACCUUUGGACACACAAAAGAAAAAAAUCACCUUCUAUGAGGACCAGGGCUUCCAGGGCCGCUGCUACGAGUGCAGCAGCGACUGCCCCAACUUGCAGCCCUACUUCAGCUGCUGCAACUCCAUCUGUGUGGACAGCGGCUGCUGGAUGCUCUACGAGCGCCCCAACUACCAGGGGCACCAGUACUUCCUGCACUGUAGCAAGUACUCUGACUUCCAGCAGUGGAUGGGCUUCAAUGACUCCAUCUGCUCCUGCCACACAGUUCCUUAUACCAGCUCUCACAGGAUAAGGCUGUAUGAAAGAGAUGACUACCAAGGCCUCGUGUCCGAGCACAUGGAGGACUGCUCCUGCAUCCAGAACCGCUUCCGCCUCAGUGAGAUCCACUCCCUCCACGUCCUGGAAGGCUGCUGGGUGCUCUACGAGAUGCCCAACUACCGGGGGUGCCAGUACCUGCUGAGGCCAGGCAACUACAGGCGGUUCCACCACUGGGGGGCCACGGAUGCCAGAGUGGGCUCCCUGAGACGGGUCGUUGAUUUGUACUAAGCCAUGCUUUUCUUGUUAUGACCUACAUAGAAGUGAAAUAAAUAUACAAAUUGUGUU